GCGAAAACAGACCCCCCCUGUACUGCAGGGAAAGGGUGUAUGAAACAGAGAUCCCAUUCCCCACGCACAGUGACUCAGAAAGGUGAUUAGAGAGGAGACCAGCUUUAUUUUGCAGCCGGAGCCUGUGAGAGGGAGGGAAUCCUGGCUCUCUGACAUCCGAAGGGCCGACGUCAUGCAAGUCUGCUUUUCAUUUACAGUUUGGGUCACUUCGAGAUGAUCCAGUCGGGCGCCACAUCCUCCACCAAAGGCAGCGUUUUCGGAGGCUCCUCGCUGGAAAAAAACCCUGCCAGGGGAUAUUUACCAUUCGCAGCCCCACGCUCGCUGUGGAGAAUAAGCACACGCCAGGAAGGGGAGAGAGAACAGCCAGGAGAAGAGAUGAGUCCAAUCUGCAAAUAAUUUGGUGUAAAAAGGUCUGGGACUAAAUAAUUCUUCACAUCUCUCUGGGGGCACACGUUGGGUGCUUUGAAAAACAAAACGAACAAAACGAUGAGGAAACAUCGACAUUUGCCCCUCGCGGCAAUCUUUUGCCUCGUGCUCUCAGGCUGUAUGGUUGAUGCUCAGCAGCAGGAAGAUGACAAAAUCGUUGCCGCUGCCGAUAUAAUAUUUCUAGUGGAUUCCUCUUGGAGCAUUGGAAAGGAACAUUUCCAACUUGUUCGAGAGUUUCUGUUUGAUGUUGUAAAAUCUUUAGCUGUGGGAGGAAACGAUUUUCGUUUUGCCCUGGUCCAGUUCAGCGGAAACCCACACACAGAAUUCCAGUUAAAUACGUAUCACUCUGCCCACGAUAUCCUGUCCCAUAUUUCGAACAUGUCUUAUCUGGGGGGAGGCCCCAAGACUGGAAAAGGAAUAGACUACCUAAUUCAGAACCAUCUCACUAAAGCUGCUGGAAGCAGAGCGGCCGAUGGCAUCCCUCAGAUUAUUAUAGUGUUAACGGACGGACAAACCCAGCAUGAUAUCGCUCUGCCAUCAUCUGUCCAUAAGUCUGCAGAUGUAAACUUGUUUGCAAUUGGAGUGCAGGAUGCAGAGGAAGGGGAGUUAAAGGAAGUAGCGAGUGAACCCUCCGAUACGCACCUUUUCAACAUAGCGAAUUUUACUGCUCUCCGCGCCAUAGUAGGAGACUUAGUGGCAAGUGUUCGUACGUCUAUGACUCCAGAAAUGCCUGGAGCAAAAGAAGUGAUUAAAGACGUCACAGCGCAAGAAUCUGCUGACCUUAUUUUCCUUAUUGACGGAUCAAACAACAUCGGAAGUGUCCAUUUCCCAGCCAUACGCGAUUUCCUUGUAAAUUUCAUUGAGAGACUCUCUGUUGGAACUCAGCAGAUACGCAUUGGGGUGGUGCAAUAUAGCGAUCAACCCAGAACUGAGUUCUCUUUGAACCGCUACUCCACCAAAGCUGAUGUGUUGAAUGCCGUGAAGGCACUUAGGUUCCUGGGUGGCGAGGAAGCUAACAUUGGUGCAGCACUCGAAUCUGUGCUGGAGAACCACUUCACCCGGGCAGGAGGAAGCAGAGUAGAGGAAGGUGUGCCUCAGGUCUUAGUGCUGAUAAGUGGUGGAGAGUCUAGUGAUGAUAUCAGAGAGGCGGUGUUAGCGGUGAAGCAAGCUAGUAUAUUUUCAUUUAGCAUUGGGGUCCUGAAGGCUGACAAUGCAGAACUUCAGCAAAUUGCUACUGACGGAAGCUUCGCCUUUUCUGCCCUGGAUAUCCGUAACCUUGCUGAUCUUCAAGAACUCUUACUGCCAAACAUUGUUGGAGUGGCCCAAAGACUCAUUUUGUUAAAUCCCCCAACCCUUGUAACAGAAGUUGUUGAUGUGAACAAGAAGGACGUAGUCUUCCUGGUAGAUGGUACAACUGCACUGGGAUCUACCCAGUUUAAUCAGAUCCGUGAUUUCAUUGCCAAAAUCAUCCAAAGGCUGGAAAUUGGACCAGAUCUUAUCCAAAUAGCUGUGGCACAAUAUGCAGAUACGGUAAAGUCAGAGUUCAAUUUCCGUGCCAGUCAAAAUAAAAAAGAUAUCAUCGCUGCUGUGAGGAAGAUGAAGUUAAUGGGGGGUACGGCCCUCAAUACUGGCUCGGCGUUGGACUUUGUUAGGAGAAACUUCUUCACCAGUUCUGCUGGGUACAGGAGCGAUGAAGGCGUUCUGCCCAUGCUGGUGCUCAUUACUGGUGGUAGGUCCACAGAUGAUGUUACCCAGGUAGCAUCAGAGAUGAAAAGGAAUGGUAUUGUGGCUCUCACCGUCGGUGGCAGGGAUGCCGAUCAGGGGGGACUACAACAAGCCAUUGCCCAUGAACCAAACUUCGCUUUCACUACAACUGAAUUCCGAGCCCCGCUUCUGCAAGGCAUUCUCCCUGAAGUGCUGACUCCUAUCAAAACAUUCUCUGGAGUAGUUAUUCAAGAAAUACCAUCAGUGCAAGGCAAAAGGGAUAUCAUCUUUCUUUUGGAUGGAUCACUCAACGUUGGAAAUACCAACUUCCCAAUUGUGCGGGACUUUGUUAUGAACCUAGUUAACGGCCUUGAUGUUGGAUAUGACAAUGUACGCGUUGGCCUAGUGCAGUUUAGUGACACUCCUACAACUGAAUUCUCUUUGAAUUCCUUCCCAAGCAAGGCUGAGAUCAUUGCUCGCUUGAGGCAGCUGUUCCUUAGAGGGGGGUCUGUUCUGAAUACGGGCGCUGCACUAAACUUUGUCCUUACGAAUCACUUCGUUGAAACUGGUGGGAGCAGAAUAGAUGAACAAGUUCCACAGAUCUUGGUCCUGCUUCUAGCAGGACCAUCUGCUGAUGCAUUCACACAGGCGUCCAAUGAAUUAGCUCGGGCCGGAGUGCUGACGUUUUGUGUUGGCGUUAGGAAUGCUGAUAAGGCAGAACUUCAGCAGAUGGCAUUUAGUCCAGCAAUGGUUUAUUUUGUGGAUGAUUUCAGUUCCCUGACAGCUUUACCACAGGAGUUAAUUAAGCCUUUAACAACAUAUUCUAGUGGAGGUGUGGAGGAAGUUCCAAUUCCCCCUUCAGAGCGCAAGCAAGAUGUUUUAUUCAUGAUUGAUGGCUCAGCCAACCUAUUGGGGCAGUUCCCUCUUGUCCGGGACUUCGUGCACAAAGUCAUUGCUACUCUCAACGUGAAGCUGGAUACCGUCCGAGUCUCUGUGGCUCAGUACAGUGACAAUGUGCAAGUGGAAUUCACCUUUAAUGAAUUCCCAUCCAAGCAGGAAAUGCUGCAGAAAGUGAAACGAAUGAAGUUAAAAACUGGGAAACAACUGAAUAUUGGUGCUGCACUGGAUUAUGCCCUGAGGAAUCUGUUUGUGCCGGGAGCUGGAAGUAGGAUUGAAGAAGGCGUUCCUCAGUUCUUAAUUCUGUUUUCUGCUGGGAGAUCUUCUGAUGAUGUGGAGCAAGCAGCAGAAGCCCUUAAAAGACUUGGAGUUGUCACUUUCAUUAUUACAGCCAAGACUGCUGAUCCCAGAGAACUCGAAACUAUUGUUUAUGGUCCACAGUUUAUUCUAAAUGUCGAGUCCAUUCCUAAAAUCGGAGACUUAGAACCAAACCUAGUGAACCUAUUGACAACCAUAGAAAUUCAGACAGUAGUGCCUCCCACAACAGCUGAUGAAGGUGAGAAGAAGGACGUGGUGUUUCUGAUUGAUGGCUCAGAUGGUGCCAGAAGUGGUUUCCCUGCACUGAAGGCCUUUGUGCAAAGCGUGGUGGAGAGCCUGGAUGUCAGCCCCGACAGGGUCCGUGUUGCCGUGUUACAAUUCAGUAGCGUCGUACAACCAGCGUUCCUUCUUAACACCUACUCUGACAAAGCAGAUGUGAUCAGAGCUAUCCAGGACCUGACCAUUAUGGGAGGGUCUCCACUAAAUAUGGGCACGGCCCUGGACUAUGUCACAAACAAUGUGUUUGUUGGCUCCUUCGGCAGCAGGAUAGCUGAAGAUGUCCCUCAGCUGUUGAUUCUGUUGACAACUGGCAAAUCAAGGGACGACGUGCGGAGGCCCGCGACAGCCCUGAAGACGGGUGGCAUGGUGCCCUUCGGCAUCGGAGUUGGAAAUGCCGACGUCACGGAGCUGCAGACCAUCUCUUUCACACCAGAGUUUGUUGUUGCCAUCCCUGACUUCAAUCAACUGGACACCGUACAGCAGAGCAUCUCAGAUCGAAUCAUUCGGCUCACCCGGGAAGAAAUCGAUAGGCAGCCCCCGUACGUGGAGCCGCCUACACUCAGACCAGAGAAAGAAAAGAAGGACGUUGUGUUUCUCAUUGAUGGCUCCCAGUACGCUACCGCAGAGUUCAGUUCCAUCCGCAGUAUGAUCGAGCGGCUAGUGAACUCCCUGGACGUGGGUAUCGAUGCCACCCGGGUUGCUGUGAUCCAGUUCAGCGACGAUGUCAAGAUUGAGUUUCUCCUCAACACUCACUCCAGCAAAGAAGAAGUGCUGAGCGCCGUGAGGAGGUUACGGCCCAAAUUUGGCUCGCGGGUUAACGUCGGCGCCGCCCUGGAGUAUGUGUCGAAGAACAUCUUCACGCGACCCUCUGGCAGCCGCAUAGAGGAAGGGGUCCCUCAGUUUUUAAUUUUGCUCUAUUCCCGCCAGUCUGCAGAUGACAUAGAUGACCCUGCCCUCCAAAUUAAAAAAGCUGGGAUAGCACCUCUGACUAUCGCAAAGAAUGUGGAUCCUGCAGAGCUGGGAAAGAUUUCUCUGAGUCCUGAGUACCUGUUUCAAGUGAGAACCUUCCAGGAACUGCCUGGCCUCGACACAAAGCUGCUGACGCCUAUUAGAACGCUGACUUCAGAACAGAUACAAAGGCUCCUGGGAGACGUAGUCACUCCAGAGUUGGAGGGCGACGAGCUGGACAUCGUCUUCCUCAUCGACAGCUCUGACAGCGUCAGGACCGACGGCCUGGCUCACAUCCGGGAUUUCAUCAUCAGACUCGUUCAGCAGCUGGACGUGAGGCCCAACAAAGCCAGAGUCGGCGUGGCCCAGUUCAGCAACACCGUGUUCCCGGAGUUCCUUCUAAAAAUGCACAAGACCAAAGAGGCGGUGGUGCAAGCUGUACGCCGCCUGCGGCUCAAAGGAGGGACCCCGCUGAAUGUGGGGAAAGCGCUGGACUAUGUUGUCAAGAAUUACUUUAUUAAGUCUGCAGGGAGCAGGAUAGAAGAAAAGGUCCCCCAGCAUUUAGUCCUCCUCCUUGGAGGGAGGUCCCAGGACGAUGUGACGAGAUCUUCUGCCUUGAUUGAAUCUACUGGGGUUAAAACCACAGGCGUAGGAGCAAAGAAUGCAGAUAGAACACAGAUGCAGAUCAUUACCAAAGAUCCUACAGUCACAUACAUCAUCAGAGACUUUACGGCACUCCCAACCAUUGAAAAGAAGGUUUUCGGGUCCCUUGUAGAUUCUGAAGAGCCUACAUCUCCACCUCCUCCGGUCCCAGUUCCUACUGGUAAAAGGGAAGCCGACAUCGUGUUUUUGCUGGACAGUUCCAUCAAUUUAGGGAGAGAGAACUUCCAACAGGUUAUCCAGUUUGUGUAUUCCAUAAUCGACGCGCUCUACUCAGAGGAGAAAUCCAUUCAGGUAGGAUUGGCCCAGUACAACUCUGAUGUGACGGAUGAAUUUUUCCUCAAGGACUAUACCACCAAAGACCAGAUCUUAAAUGCUAUCAACAGAGUGGCUUAUAAAGGAGGCAGGGUGGCUAACACGGACGAAGGCCUCAAGCACAUCCAGACAAGGCACUUUGUGAAAGAGGCUGGCAGCAGGGUGGAGGAGAAAGUCCCUCAGAUCGCGUUUAUCGUGACGGGGGGCCGGCCUUCGGAGGAAGGAAAGGCGGCAGCGUUGGCCCUGACAGGCUCAGGUGUCAAGGUGUUUGCCGUGGGGGUGAAAAACGUCGAUCUGGACGAUUUGAGCAAGCUGUCCUCCGACAGCGCCACGGCUUUCCGAGUGGCCACGGCCCCGGAACUGUCAGAACUGAAUGAGCAAGUGUUGAUCACUCUCGACGCUGUUAUGGAAGAGCAGCUAUGUCCGGGAGUAGUUGACACAAGAGAAUGCAACGUGGAUGUGAUCCUUGGGUUUGACGUCUCGGAUGUUGUAUCUGGGCAAAAUAUAUUUAAUUCUCAGAAAGCCUUGGAGUCCAAGGUAAAGAGCAUUCUGAACAGAAUUUCCCAGAUGCAAAGGAUCAGCUGUACUGGCACCCAGCAGCCAACGGUGCGAGUGGCUGUCAUGGCGCAGACGCCAACUGGGGUCAUUGAAGCAUUUGACUUUUCUGAGUACCAGUCCGAAUUGUUUGAGAAAUUCCAAGGCAUGAGCAACCGAGGCCCAUAUGUUCUCACACCAGAGACACUGAGAUCUUACCAGAACAAAUUCAAAACAGCUCCUACGGACAGCGUGAAAGUGGUAAUUCACUUAACCGAUGGUGCCGACGGUAGGAUGGCUCAGCUGGAGGAUGAAUCGGACGCACUGCGAAAACAAGGUGUGAAGGCUCUCAUGUUUGUGGCGCUGGAGAGAACACCAAAAUUUGAGGAGCUGAUGCAGUUAGAGUUUGGCCGCGGGUUCACAUACAACAGGCCUCUCGGAGUCAAUCUGCAGGAUUUAGAUUUCGAACUGGCAGAACAACUUGACGGCGUCGCGGAGAAAGCCUGUUGCCAAGUGGCGUGCAAGUGUUCUGGACAACGAGGAGAUAGAGGAGCGCCUGGGACCAUUGGACCAAAGGGCGUCCCAGGUGAGAACGGCUACCGAGGCUAUCCAGGCGAUGAAGGUGGACCUGGCGAACGAGGUCCUCCUGGUGUCAACGGGACUCAAGGAUUCCAAGGGUGUCCUGGUCAGCGAGGAGUCAAGGGCUUCCGUGGAAUCUCAGGAGAAAAGGGCGAGAAGGGAGAAUCGGGCCUGGACGGCAUAGAUGGAGAAGAAGGGGACAGAGGCCUCCCAGGCUCUUCCGGGGAGCGAGGAAGUGCUGGCAGACGGGGCAACAAAGGCGUUAAAGGAGCCGAAGGCGAACGAGGUGACCGAGGACUGCGAGGCGAUCCGGGUGAGACAGGCAUCGAUAACACACAACGAGGACCCAGGGGUCCAAAGGGUGAAAUUGGACCAAUGGGAGAACCAGGAUCAGAUGGGGCAGCGGGUUCCCCUGGUGCAGUUGGAAAACCUGGUAGUCUCGGCAGAAGAGGGCCCCCAGGACCCAAAGGUACCAAAGCGGCUCCGGGUCAGCAAGGAAUCGUGGGAGAGCAGGGUACACGAGGGCCACAGGGUCCUCCUGGCCAGAUUGGCCCUCCAGGCCUGAGAGGAGAGCACCUCCUUGAGGGACCCCGAGGAGGUGGUGGUGCUGCCGGACCACCCGGCGAUCGGGGAAGGAUCGGUCCCUUGGGACGAAAGGGGGAACCCGGUGAUUUUGGAACGAAAGGCCAGCCCGGGUUGCCAGGGCCACGAGGCGAGACGGGAGAAGAUGGGCGAGAUGGAGUUGGCAGGCCAGGAGCUAAAGGCAAAAGAGGCGAAACAGGCUUCCCAGGAUACCCAGGGCCAAAGGGUACAGCUGGAGUUCGAGGUGGCCCUGGAGGUGCUGGCCCUAAAGGAAACAGAGGCCGCAGGGGGAAUUCAGGAGCACCUGGGACACCCGGUCAGAUAGGAGAGCUUGGCUACCCAGGAUCACCUGGGCUUAAGGGCGACAGAGGAGAAUCCAGAGAUCAAUGUGCCCUUGUCCGGAGCAUCAAAGAUAAAUGCCCUUGCUGCUAUGGUCCCAAGGAGUGCCCGGUGUUCCCAACGGAGCUGGUGUUUGCCAUAGACACCUCCUCCGGUGUCACUAAUGACAUUUUCAACCGCAUGAAGCAGACAGUGCUGAGAGUGGUGAACAAUCUCACCAUCGCUGAGAGCAACUGCCCGCGGGGGGCCCGGGUGGCCGUUGUGACCUACAACAGCGACAUCACCACGGAGUUCCGUUUCGCGGAAUCCAGGAAGAAAUCCAACCUCCUGGAGCGGCUCCAGAACCUCCAAAUCCCUCAGACCACCAAGCAGCGCAGCCUGGAGACGGCCAUGUCCUUCAUCGCCAGGAAUACCUUCAAGCGGGCACGCAGCGGCUUCCUGAUGAGGAAGGUGGCCGUGUUCUUCAGCAACGGACCGACGAGGGCCUCCUCCCAGCUGAACGAGGCCGUGCUGAAGCUGUACGAUGCUGGAGUCACGCCGGUGUUCCUGACUAACCGAGAGGACCGAACUCUCAUAAACGCACUGCAGAUGAACAACACUGCAGUGGGACAUGCUAUUGUCCUGCCGGCCGCUGCAGCUCAGAUUAAUCAAACCAUCAAGAGACUCCUGACAUGUCACAUUUGUCUGGACGUAUGCGAUCCCGAUGAAACCUGCGGCGCUAUUGGUAUCCCCCAAAGGUCGUUCACCAGGGACAGGCGGGCAGUCCCCACAGACGUAGACAUUGACAUGGCUUUCCUCCUGGACAGCUCUGAGAGCACCACUCCGCUGCAGUUCAACGAGAUGAAGAAAUACAUUUCCUACAUAGUGAAUCAGCUGGAGAUCAGCUCCCAUCCAACGUCUUCCCAGCACCACGCCAGAGUUGCUGUUCUCCAACACGCUCCGUACGAACACAAAAGCAAGUCAAGCGCCUUGCCAGUAAAAGUAGAGUUCUCCCUAACAGAGUACGGGUCCAAGGAGAAGAUGAUGGACUUCCUUCAGAACCACAUGACCCAGCUGUACGGCACAAGGGCUCUGGGAAGUGCAAUUGAAUACACGGCAGCGCAUGUGUUUGAAAGCGUGCCCAACCCACGGGAUCUGAAAGUCCUCAUUUUGAUGAUGACCGGAGAAGUGAGCACACAGGAACUGGAGCACCUUCAAAGAGUUAUCAUCAGUGCCAAGUGUAAAGGGUACUUCUUUGUUGUGCUCGGCAUCGGCAAGAAAGUGAACGUCAAGCAUAUCUACACCUUGGCUAGCGAGCCCAACGACGUGUUCUUCAAAUUGGUCGAGAAGCCCUCGGAGCUGCAUGAGGAGGUCUUGCUGCGCUUUGGGAAACUGUUACCAUCCUUUAUCAGCAGUGAAAACACUUUUUACCUGUCUCCGGACAUAAGGAAACAAUGCGAUUGGUUCCAUAGAGAUCAGGCAGCAAAGAGUUCUUCUGCAUUUGGCCAAAACACAUUAUAUGUUGCAAAUAAUGUGACUACAAGUGCCCGCACAACUACAACCGCAAGCACAACCACCAGUGCUCGCAGAACUACGACCGCAAGCACAACCACCAGUGCCCGCAGAACUACGACCACAAUGACCAGUGCCCGCACAACUACAACUGCAAGCACAACUACAAAGGCCCAUGCAACUGCAGCUGCGAGCACCACUACAAAGGCCCGUGCAACUGCAGCUGCAAACACAACUACAAAGGCCCGUGCAACUGCAGCUGUGAGCACCACUACAAAGGUCCAUGCAACUGCAGCUGCAAACACAACGACCAGUGCCCGCACAACUACAACUGCAAGCACAACUACAAAGGCCCGUGCAACUGCAGCUGCAAACACAACUACAAAGGCCCGUGCAACUGCAGCUGUGAGCACCACUACAAAGGUCCAUGCAACUGCAGCUGCAAACACAACGACCAGUGCCCGCACAACUACAACUGCAAGCACAAUGACCAGUGCAAGUACAGCUGCUAAAGAAAAACCAGCCGUUAAAGCGGAGAGUGAAAUCCAGAUCACCGACAUCACCGAGAACAGCGCUAAACUACGCUGGGUGAACCCAGGGCCCCUGCCCCUCGACUUCUUUGACAUCACCCUCACCUCAGCACACGACCACUCUCUAGUCCUGAAGCUAAACUUAACCAGCACUGAACGGGUCAUUGGCGGCCUCAGAAGUGGGCAGAAAUAUCACGUCACAAUUACGGGGUACCACAAAUCCCAAGCCAAAGCAACCUUCACGGGAACAUUCAGCACAAAAAGUGUGCCAGCACCCAAGGCACCCGCAGUAGCCACUGCCAACCUGAUGGUGAAUACCGAGCCGUUGGAACAGCCAGAGAUGGAUUUGACAGACCCUUGCUUGCUGGAUUUUGACAUGGGCACCCAGUGCAAGGAGUAUCAGGUUAUGUGGUUCUUUGACUACAAAAACAAGAUCUGCACCCAGAUUUGGUAUGGUGGGUGUGGCGGUAACGCCAAUAGAUUUGAGACAGAAGCUGAGUGCAUAAGCAGAUGCGGGAAGCCAGCAGCUGAGAGAGUCAUGCAGCAAAUGACCCUUGAGAAAAGAGUAUUGGCAGUCACCGAUAUCUGUAGGUUGCAGAAGGAGGGAGGAACCUGCAGGGAUUUCGUGCUCAACUGGUACUACGACCCAAGUACCAAGAGCUGUGCCAGAUUCUGGUAUGGUGGCUGCGGUGGAAAUGAAAACAGAUUUAGCACACAGAAAGAAUGUGAAAAUGUUUGCAUUCCUGCUGACAUUAAUCCUGGGGUUGUCACGACAAUAGGAACCUAAAGACAGCAAAAGAUCAACACAUACCUCUAAGAGAACCGGGAAUCAGCCAUUGCCAACCUACCCCUUUAGAAGCUAAGGGUACACUACCUUGCACUGUUCUAUUUCAUGCUUUCAAUUCCAAGCAAACCUUGAAGAGAGCGUUUUGCUGCAUGACCUAUCAAUAUGGUGCUAAACUGUUUGUGGACUGAGUACUCCAUGUGUCCGGGUAAUAGUAUAUACCUUCCACAUUAUGUCAUAGUUAUCCACUACAGAUUACUUUGUUUGAACAUGUCUGCAAACUACCGUUUCCUUCCGAUUCUGGCAUUCUGCCUGGUUAAGGCAAUGUAAAAUCUAGACAAUAAGAGACAAAAUAAUUUCACUGCAACUGUUAUGUACUUGCUUGUAUCAUUUUCCUAACUGAGCAUAACUUUAGAUGGAAAGCCUACGUGUAAAGGAGUAGUUAAUUCUGACAAACAGGCAGUUCAGUUUUUCAUUCUGUUUUUUUCUCUUGCUGGAUUCGACUUCAAACUGAUUCUCUUUUAUGUGUUUGUGGCAUAUGUGAUCAAUCAAACCAGUAAAGAAAAAAAGCAAGAUUUCUGAAUACAGAUGCACUGUUGGGACCAACGACUCAGUCAAAGAAUUUUUAAAUCAUGGUGUAGAAUGUUUUUGGCAUUCCUCUAACGUUGUGUGUUUAUCUUUUUUUGUUUGUCUGCAGGGCUGGGGGUUUUGUUUGUAUUGUGGUUUUUUGUUUUUAGGAAAUCUAUACAAAAGAACUUUUAAAUAAAGUCUACUGGAGGUUUUGAAAGUCU